AUGGCAUGCAACAACGCUCUCGACAACCCCGACUCCUAUGCAGUCGCCUGGAUUGCUGCUCUUCCCAUUGAGCGGGCCGCUGCAGAAGCGAUGCUCGAUGAGGAACAUGCAACUCCCGCUGGUUUCACUAGACACCAAACUGACGAGAACGUCUAUACGCGGGGUCGCGUGGGAGAGCACAACAUCGUCAUUGUCUCUCUUGCCGCUGGAGUCUACGGAACUACCUCGGCUGCGACCACGGCCUCGAGCCUGCUUGCCUCUCUGCCAUCCAUCCGUCUUGGCCUUUUUGUCGGCAUAGCCGGCGGCAUCGCCCGACCGGACGAGGGCCACGAUAUCCGGCUUGGCGACAUCGUCGUGAGCCAGCCCGAUGGGACCACGGGCGGCGUCUGCCAGUACGACUUGAUCAAAGCAAAGUCGGGUGACACGCGUGAGCGCAAGGGCUUUCUCGGGCGGCCCCCGACGGUCCUCCUCAAUGCGCUUACCAAAAUCCAGGCCGUUCACGAACGGGAAGACCCCGAGGUUCCCUGCUUUCUUCAAGAGAUGCUGAAGAAGAACCCGAAGAUGAGCAAGAGAUCCAAGAAAAAUCCCGGCUAUGCUCACCAGGGCGCCGACAACGACCAACUCUUUAAAGCUUCAUGCGACCACGUCCCCGGGCCGGACUGUCGGGGCUGUGACAUGGCUGGCGAGAUUCAACGCGAUCCUCGAGACACUACCGACCCCGAGAUCCACUACGGGACCAUCGUAUCCGGAAACACACUUGUUAAAGACGCCGCUGCGCGCGAUCGGAUUGUUGCCGACAUCGGCGAGGAUUGCAUCUGCUUUGAAAUGGAAGCGGCCGGUCUGAUGAACCACUUUCCCUGUCUUGUGAUCCGAGGGAUCUGCGACUACGCCGAUUCUCACAAGAACGAUCGAUGGCAACGCUACGCCUCGGCCACCGCCGCUGCGUAUGCCAAGGAGCUCCUGGCGUACGUGCCGGCCGCGGAGGUCCAGGAGACCAAGAGGGCACUGGAAGUGCUUCAGUUGGUUCAGCAACAGAUCGAUGGCGUGCAGCAGACGACAAUUGCAACGAAAGCUGCAACUGAUUCCAUCAGGUCUGACCUUCGUACCGAUAAGAUCGAGCGCUGGCUUCGGCCCCCAGAUCCGUCUACAAACGCCAACCACGCGAGGAAGCUCCGCCAUGAGGGGACAGGAGCGUGGCUCCUGGAAAACCCGAUCUUCCAGCUGUGGCACUCGGGGUCGCGUCGACAUUUAUGGCUGAAUGGGCUUGCGGGAUGUGGAAAGACGGUUCUCAGCGCGACUGUGCUGGAUCAUCUCACGAAGGGAAACGACCAUCUUAUCCUCAGCUUCUUCUUUGACUUUAGCGACACGACAAAGCAGACCUUGGAUGGCAUGCUGCGGUCGCUUGCUUUCCAACUUUACCAAGGCGGGGCUGGUUCUGCAGGUCUUCUUGAGGCCUCAUUCCAAGCACACCAGGAUGGCCGCCACCAGCCUGCUGCAAAGACUCUCGAGGACGUUGUGUGCAAGAUGCUUGCAGUCCAGAAGAAGGGUUCUAUUGUUCUGGACGCAUUGGACGAGUCGACAACAAGGGAUGAACUUCUCCGGUGGAUGAAGGACAUAAUAUCCAGGCCAGAGUUGAGCAAUGUCCAGCUGAUUUGUACCGGUCGGCCUGAACCCGACUUCAGGGGCAACAUCCCCUCGUUGAUAGGUGAGGAAAACUGCUUAGCACUCGACAAGGCGUCCGUCAACGCCGAUAUCCGAUCGUACGUCGCAGCGCAGCUUUCACAACGAUCUGGUUUCCGGGAGAAGCGCCUGUCCCAGGAUCUCCUCGAGAGGAUCCGGAGGAAGGUUGGCGACGAUGCCGACGGGAUGUUCAGAUGGGCAGCCUGUCAAUUAGACAGCCUUGCCGGAUGCCCUAGUCCCAAGGCCAUCAAAACCGCGCUAUAUCAUCUGCCCCAGGAUCUGAAAGAGACGUACGAGCGAAUGGUCCGCAGUAUCCCGAAAGACUGCAGGAACAGUGCUCUCCGCCUGCUACAGUUUCUCGUCCAUACCCAUCGGCCUUUGACGGUACCCGAGGCAGUGGAGAUCAUCGCGACAGACAUAGAGGAGGAUCCACCAUGUUUUGACGUUGACGGGAGAGUAUUCGGUGAAGAACAAGUUCUACGGCAUUGUCCUAGCCUAAUCUCCAUCGUUUUUGCGUAUAGUCACGGCAGGCCCACAAAGGAGCUACAUCUUGCCCACUUUUCCGUCAAAGAGUACCUACUGGGAGAGAACCAGUUCAACAUUGCAACUGCCAGCAUUUCCAUCACGAGGACGUGCUUGACUUACCUUACGGAUAUCAGUGGUAGCCACAUCGAAAUCAAGCGGGAUUUUCCGAUGGCAAGAUAUGCGGCGGAAAUCUGGAUGGGCCAUGCUGCGUUGGCUCCGGCUUCGGAAGAUAUAGUUCGAGCGACAGUCAGGUUCCUAGAAGAGGAAGUGACAUUCCAACGAUGGGCACAAUUGUAUCAGGCUGACAGGGAUUGGGACGAUGAUCCAGGUCCUCCACGAGGUUCCAGGCUCUACUAUGCUUGCUUCUAUGGGCUCGUAGGGCCUGCAAGAGAUCUUAUCGGCAAGGGAGCGGACGUCAACGCGCAGGGCGGCUUCUACGGCAACGCUCUCGAGGCCGCCUCGUUGGAGGGCCGUCUCGAGAUUGUGCAACUGCUCUUGGACAAGGGGGCGGACGUCAACGCGCAGGGCGGCCACUACGACAACGCUCUCUGUGCCGCCUCGGAAAGUGGCCAUCUCGAGAUUGUGCAACUGCUAUUGGAGAAGGGGGCGGACGUCAACGCGCAGGGCGGCUUCUACGGCAACGCUCUCGAGGCCGCCUCGGUUACAGGCUAUCAAGAGAUUAUCAAGCUGCUCUUGGACAAGGGGGCGGACGUCAACGCGCAGGGCGGCGAGUACGACAACGCUCUCUGUGCCGCCUCGUCAAGAGGCCAUCUCGAGAUUGUGCAACUGCUCUUGGACAAGGGGGCGGACGUCAACGCGCAGGGCGGCCACUACGGCAACGCUCUCUGUGCCGCCUUGUCAAGAGGCCAUCUCGAGAUUGUGCAACUGCUCUUGGACAAGGGGGCAGACGUCAACGCGCAGGGUGGCUUCUACGGCAACGCUCUCUGUGCCGCCUCGUUGGAGGGCCAUCUCGAGAUUGUGCAACUGCUAUUGGAGAAGGGGGCGGACGUCAACGCGCAGGGCGGCGAAUACGGCAACGCUCUCGAGGCUGCCUCGUUGAAGGGCCAUCAAGAGAUUGUCAAAUUGCUCCAAGAAAGGGUGCUCUCCAAUAAAUCUGGCGAAGAAACUUCGUCUCGUGUACCUCGAACCUUCUAA